CCUCUUGUCCACUCCACAUGCCGCUUUCCUCACAGGGCCCCGCUUUCCCUUCUUAUUCCUGCCCUGGUUUCUCCACUGCUUCAAAGUUGGAAACUUAGUUCCUGUUCAGUGAUUCCAAAUGGAAAUCGUCUCCGAGAGGGAGCGGAUCCUCCUCGGCUACGCACCUCGCGACCCUUUCUCCGGAGUUGAAUUGAGCUCGCAGCGCCGGAGCUCGGACAUCGACUUCCAUGACGUCUUUGGGGGACCCCCGAGGCGGUCGUCGAUCUUCGAAUACCGUCGGAACCGCGCGGAUUCGAUCGAUUCGUAUUCUAGAGCGAGUCGAGGGCGGGAAGACUCGGCCGAGUCUCGCCGCUCGAGUCGCGGGUCGGGGGAGAAGCCGGUGUUUGGCGAUGGGAGUGGGUCAGGUCGGAGGCGGCAAUUGGGAGAUGAUUUCUACAGCGAUAUUUUCCAGAGCAGCGACUCAGCCUGUUCUUCUCCGAAGAGAGGUGAUCGGGAUGCUUUACAGUCGUCUCCGGGCUCAAGGGUCAAUAGUCCUAAUCGGCCAACACCGAUUAGGUCGGAGUCGUUGUUUGGGGGAUCUUUGCUCUCGCAGUCCAGCUUAUCAGAAAAAAUGGAUAAAGAUUUGGACCAUCCAGGAUUUGGAUCUAUAACCCAGCACUCUGUAUCCAGAAAUGAGGAUGAACGAUCUGAUGCUUUCAGCUUUUCAUUAUCUCCUAAUGCUUCUUCUACUGAUUAUUUUACAACACAACCAGUUCUUUGUCAUGGUGAUCUAAGAAACAAGAGCUAUGCUUCCUAUCGUCAAAGUGCAUUAUCCCGCCGAAUUCCUUCUAGCUUUGAGGGUUUGGCAGACACGAUGGAACCUUCUUUUCAAACAGUUAAAAGCCAGAAUGGAAAGAGUUCAAGCAGCUUAGAGGAUUAUAUCAGCAGUCGGCAGUUCCAUUUCUCUAUACACAAAUGGGCAGGAAAAGGGGUUAUGCUUGUCAUGCCUUCUUAUUCUAAUGAAAGAAAUGAAAUUGAAAGAGGACUCACAACAUUACCUGAAAUAGUUGUUCAAGAAGUUGAUAUACCUUCCCACUGUGAUUCUUUCUCUCAUUUGACUAAAGCUUUCGAAUCUGAAACUGAGAAUCAAGAGAAGAAAUCAGACAAGAAGGAAGAUGAUUAUAUAGCUCUUAAUGCAAAAGGCCUUUCACAUGUUGAGUUUGGUCCAGAGCUUCUCAGAGAUCAUACAAGUAAAAAAUUAGGCAAAUGUGGCAAGCAGAGUGAAAAAGUUUCAGUUCCAUAUUUUGACGAAAAUUCAUGUACAAAUUGGGCAGAUGAUGAACAUAAUCCUGAAUUCAAGUCCAUUGUUCAUGGUGAACAGAAUCAUGAGCUGAAAAGUCUUAGUCAAUUGUUUGAUGAUGAUGUCAACAAUCUGAGAACUGAUGAUAUACCUAGACCGAUUAAAGAAAGGGAGCCCCAAUCUAAAAGUCAGAAAAAGCGACAACUUCCAAGGGAAAGUAGGCUAGUUCCUGGUAACACAAAUUGUUCUGCAUUGCAUGAUAAUCCCCUUUUAGAAGAUAAAACCCGUGGAAACAAAGUUACGGGGAAAGUAAAAGAUUUCAUAAGAAAAUUCAACCAGGAAGGUUCACCCAAAAGAAAAAGUGCUUUUGAAAUGCUAGUUCGUAGGUCUAAAGGUGAACAGAACAAACAGGACAAAGUCGAUGAACUGGCCCAUGUCUCCUCUAUCGGGGCAGUUAAGUUACGGGGGAAAAGUAUGAAUAACAACAUACCAUUAUUUGAUAUUCCUAAGGUCAUGGAAAAUCAUGUUAUAGAAAAGGCAGAGGAAGACAAGUUUGGCAUUUCUAGUGAUGGUCACCCUUCAGAAGAAAGGAUUGAAGUCUCACCUCCACAAUCUGAGCCACCAACUACCGAAGUCAUUGACAAUACAGCAUGCGAUGAGGAGAGUAUUCUUGAAGAUUUUGAGGGGUAUCUGGUACAACAGUUGCUGGUAAACCUGCCUGAACCGGCACAAAAUAGUCCACAACAAGAUCAGAACUUGGAUGCUAAGAUACGGCAGUGGUCAAGAGGGAAAGAAGGAAAUAUUAGAUCACUGCUCUCAACCUUACAACUAAUUCUUUGGCCAGAGAGUGGAUGGAAACAGGUUCCACUGGUUAAUAUAAUAGAAGGACCAUCAGUGAAGAAAGCAUACCAAAGGGCGUUGCUGUGCCUUCACCCAGAUAAACUUCAGCAAAAGGGCGCUUCAUCCAACCAAAAGUAUAUAGCAGAAAAGGUUUUUGACAUUUUGCAGGAAGCGUGGGAUCACUUCAAUUCAAUCAGCGAGUUUUAAGGCCAUGGAGAUCAAUCUGAUUUAUCAAAUUGGAUUUGUGUGUUUUUAUGUGAUAUAAAAUGAUUAUCGCAAGCUGCUUCGAUUGUAUGAAAAAUAAAAUAAAAAUUUUGCGUGUAUCAUAUGAUUUCAUGCUUUGAUUGUAUAAAUUAGAGCUCUUAUUUUUCAAAUAUAAAUAUAAGAUGAUAAUCU